AUGCCAGCUGUUGGCGACCAACAUCGCGGCGGGCCCGCUACCAUUGGGAUGCCGGGGACCGGUUCAAGUACAGGCACAGCAAAUCCCUUCGAUGAGCCCCAACGUCGUAUGAGCGAGUAUACAGCAAUAGAAAUUGCGACUCUGCAAGCUCGUCUCGAUAAGAAAUUAGGACCCGAAUAUAUCUCAUCCCGACCUGGUGCUGCUGGACAGAGGGUACAUUAUCUGUCGGCAGACAAAUGCAUCAACCUCGCUAAUGAGGUCUUUGGAUUCAAUGGCUGGUCGAGCUCAAUUCAGAAGAUUGAUAUUGACUUUAUCGAAGAAAAUCAAAACACAGGCAAGAUUAGCCUAGGAUUGUCAGUCAUUGUCAGAAUCACGCUACGAGAUGGAACAUUCCAUGAGGAUAUCGGCUACGGGCAUAUCGAGAAUUGCAAAGGCAAAGCCGCGGCAUUUGAAAAGUCCAAGAAGGAAGGGACUACAGAUGCAUUGAAGAGAACAUUGCGUACAUUUGGAAAUGUUCUCGGCAAUUGUGUCUACGAUAAGGACUACUUGGCCAAGGUCAUCAAGAUCAAACCCGCGCCAACCAAAUGGGAUCUGGAAGACCUUCAUCGACAUCGUGAUAAUGUCCCUAGGAAAGAAACUGCCCCGCCGCCUCCAAACAGGACAGUGGGGGAUGUUGAUCUCCCUCCUGCACGUCCAAUAGAGGCCUCGAAGAGCAGCAGUACAACCAGCAACGCUAUAACUAUCAAUUCUGCUUUUGAAGCUGACGGCGAGUUCGGCAGCGACCUCUUCGACGAAGCUGAUUUCGUCGUAUCUGCUUCUGGCAACCCCGAUGAAAUUUCAAUUGAACCAGAAAUUCAACGGCAACCACCGCCGACACCCAUGAAUCGACAAGUUCCUCACAGAGGACCCCCGAUAGGAGGAUUCGAUCCAUCGGCUAUCACGCCUUCGAAGCCAGAGAAAUUCAAUGCUGGUAAUCCAGCUGCAAGGCAACCAAUAUCUACAAACGCACGACCAUACCCUUCGGCAACGCCUGCCCAAAAGCGACCGCCUCCUCCGGCCCAGUCGCAUAACAUUCCCAAUGGAAAACCAGGAGCUCCACCUCAGCCAAGGCCUGUGCCGGAUGCCAAUGCACAAGCUUCUUAUGCGCAACAGGCCUUCAAGAGAGAGCCUGGUACCGUUCUCAACCAAGACACAAACCAGCCACCGGCCUCUCAAUCGGUGGGAUUCUUUUCUGCUCGAGCAGCGGAUUCACUUCGCGAAAAUCCCAAUGCUGUUACGAUGCCAGGGUCUCAAUUCGAUCCGCAUGCGGAGAGCCCAUCCAUUCGUAAAACCGCCGGGGUCGAUCACACAAAAAGCGUUCCGAUUACCAGACCCAUGCUUUCAACUGGCUCGCCAGCACCACCCAAUAAUACACGCGAUUUCGUGAAUCCAUCAGCUGAUCUGCAGCGUAGAGUCGGUGCCCCAGGUGCUGCUGCACCAACAGCAGGCAGUCCAUUAUCUCGGGGUCCGUUGGUUUCUUCCUACCGACCACUAACUAGACCUAAUUUACCCAACGCCGCUGCCAUAAACAGAGGAAUGAGCGCACCUCCACAGAAUAUGAAUGGUAAACGGCCCCCAUUAAAUGAUGUUACCAACGCCACUACCACGACACCCAUUCCCCCUGCUAUGGGUCCGCAUGAUCCAAAGCGGCCGCGAGUGUCUGAUGUCACUCCUGGACAAGAACCUCCAGCUCCCCAGCAUUAA